CAGUAUCUCGAAAUGCAUCGUGACUCCUGUCCAUUAGAUUGUAAGGUGUAUGUAGGUAAUCGUGGAAACAAUGGGAACAAGACUGAAUUAGAACGAGCAUUUGGCUAUUAUGGACCGCUCCGAAGUGUGUGGGUUGCUCGAAACCCUCCUGGCUUUGCUUUCGUUGAAUUUGAGGAUGCCCGAGAUGCUGCUGACGCUGUCCGAGAGCUAGAUGGAAGAACACUAUGUGGCUGCCAAGUAAGAGUGGAGCUGUCGAACGGUGAGAAAAGAAGUCAGAAUUGUGGCCCCCCUCCCUCUUGGGGUCGUCGCCCUAGAGAUGAUUACCAUAGGAGGAGUCCUCCACCUCGGCAAAGAUCUCCAAGAAGGAGAAGCUUCUCUCGAAGCCAGAGCAGGUCACUUUCUAGAGAUAGGAGAAGAGAGAGGUCUCUGUCUCGUGAGAGAAACCACAAGUCAUCUCGCUCUUUCUCUAGGUCUCAUAGCCGAUCUAGGUCAAAUGAAAGGAAGUAG